AUGAGUACUCGUGGUUUCCGCGUGGGAACCAACCCUUGCAGCCUCAGGUUCGCCCUCCCCGGGCUGAGGUGGCUGCUGGGGCUGGGGCUGUUCCUGGGGCUUCACGCCGUCCGCAGCGCGGCCUUCUACCUCCCCGGGUUGGCUCCAGUUAACUUCUGCGAGGCGGCCCGAGAGACUGCAACCUGCAAGUCAUCAGUAGCACUAUUUGUGAAUAGAUUGGACUCAGCAGAAUCUGUCCUACCUUAUGAAUAUAAUACCUUUGACUUCUGUCAAGAUUCUGGAAAGAAAAACCCUUCUGAAAAUCUCGGACAAGUACUAUUUGGAGAACGAAUAACAUCAUCUCCCUAUGAGUUUUCUUUUAACAAGACAGAAAUAUGUAAAAAAGUUUGUGUAAAAUCCUAUGAUAGAGAAAAUGAGGACCACAAGAAAAAGCUGGCUUUUUUGAAGAAAGGAGUACAACUAAAUUAUCAACAUCACUGGAUUAUUGAUAAUAUGCCAGUAAUAUGGUGUCACGUUAUUGAGGAUAGAAAGUACUGCACACCAGGAUUCCCGAUAGGCUGUUUUAUUACCAAAAGUGGCAUAGUGAAAGAUGCUUGUGCUAUCCACCCUGAAUUCAACAAAAGUAAUACUUUCUACUUCUUCAACCACAUUGAUAUUAUUAUUACAUAUCACAGGGAAAGUGAAAGAAAUUGGGAUAUUGCAAGAUUGGUUGCUGCUAGACUUGACCCCCAAAGCUAUAAGCAUUCAGAUGAAAACCACCUAACUUGUAAUGGACCCCCUAUGGAAAUUCCUGGAGAACAUACAGAUAAGUUGAGUGUCACCUACACUUACUCUGUGAGAUUUGAAGAAAACAAAAGCAUCAAGUGGGCAUCUAGAUGGGAUUAUAUUUUGGAGUCCAUGCCUUAUACCAACAUUCAGUGGUUUAGUAUUAUGAAUUCCUUUGUUAUCGCUCUCUUCUUGUCUGGGAUGGUGGCUAUGAUUCUAUUAAGAACUCUCCAUAGAGAUAUUAUCAGAUACAAUCAGACGAAUUUUUCUGAAGAGGUCCAGGAGGACUUCGGUUGGAAGCUGAUUCAUGGGGAUGUAUUCAGACCUCCAAGGAAUAGAAUUCUGCUCUCAGCUUUCCUGGGUCAAGGAACACAAGUUUUGAUUAUGACGUUUAUUACCUUAUUUCUGGCGUGCUUUGGUUUUCUUUCCCCUGCCAAUCGAGGGGCCUUGAUGACCUGUGCCAUUGUGUUAUGGGUCCUCCUGGGAACCCCUGCUGGAUAUGUGUCGGCUAGAAUGUAUAAGACACUUAAAGGUGUUAACUGGAAGACAAAUUUUUUGCUGACAGCACUAUUAUGUCCUGGUGUCGUCUUUGUCGACCUUUUCUUUAUGAACCUGAUUCUUUGGGUGGAAGGGUCAUCGGCUGCAAUCUCCUUUGGUACCCUGAUAGGUAUCCUUGCGAUGUGGUUUGGAAUUUCAGUACCAUUAACAUUUUUGGGUGCAUACUUUGGAAGCAAGAAAAAGCAGUUUAAGUGUCCAGUUCACACAAACCAGAUUCCCCGUCAUAUUCCUCAGCAGAAUUUCUGUACCAAACCACUUUUUGGCGUCAUAAUCGGUGGAAUUUUACCUUUUGGCUGUAUUUUUAUUCAACUCUUUUUCAUUCUGAACAGUAUUUGGUCUCAUCAGAUGUACUUCAUGUUUGGCUUCCUUUUCUUGGUCUUUAUAAUUCUCCUGAUUACCUGUUCAGAAGCUACAGUUUUGCUGUGUUAUUUCCAUUUGUGCGCUGAGGAUUAUCAUUGGUGGUGGAGAGCCUUUUUUACGAGCAGUUUUACAGCUGUUUACCUUUUCAUAUAUGCAGUUCAUUACUUCUUUGCCAAACUUCAAAUCAUGGGCAUUGCAAGCAGCAUUUUGUACUUUGGGUACACAAUGGUCAUGGUCUUGAUUUUCUUCCUUCUCACAGGGACAACUGGAUUUUUUUCCUGUUUCUGGUUUAUUACUAAAAUCUACAGUGUGGUAAAAGUGGAUUAA